CCUGAAGCCGCAUUAAAGCCAGCUUAGUCAACAAUGGCCCUCCAACGGUUCCUGUGCUUUUUCUCUGUGAUGAUCAUUCUUUUUGGCAAAGAUGUUCAUUCACAGCCACCUGGUGUUCCUCCACAGCAGCCUGCAUGUGGCAGGGUUAUUAAAAAUGGCAGAAUCGUAGGAGGGGAAGCUGCAGCCCCUGGAAGUUGGCCCUGGCAGGCAUCUUUAUACAAUUCUGGCUCUUUUGCGUGUGGAGGGUCCCUAAUCACCGACCAGUGGGUGCUGACAGCUGCUCACUGCAGUACGCCUGAUGAACCCAUCACAGAUGUGAAGCUGGGCCAAAACACCCAGAAUGGUUCAAACCCAAAUGAGGUUACUAGGACAGUUGCAGACACCAUCUGCCAUCCCGACUACAACAAUUCAACAUAUGAGAACGACAUAUGCCUCCUGAAGCUGUCGGCUCCUGUGAAUUUCACAGACUACAUUCAGCCAGUCUGCUUAGCCUCAGCAGGCAGCACUUUCAACAAUGGGACCAGCAGCUGGGUCACUGGCUUUGGUGCCCUAUCAAGUGAUGGCCCCAGCCCAGACACUCUGCAGGAGGUGAAUGUACCAAUUGUGGGAAACAAUGAGUGCAAAUGCGACUUACAAAACUUCAAGGAAAUCACAGAUAACAUGAUCUGUGCUGGACUGAAAGAGGGUGGAAAGGAUUCAUGUCAGGGAGACUCGGGGGGACCACUCGUGACAAAAAACUAUACUGACAUCUGGAUCCAGAGUGGAGUUGUGAGUUUUGGUGAUGGCUGCGCUGAACCUCUGAAACCUGGAGUCUACGCUCGUGUGUCCCAGUACCAAAACUGGAUCAAGGAGACUGUCACCGGAAGAGCACCAGGCUUUGUUCGCUACACCUCUUUGGGCCCUGACAGUGAUUUAGACUUCAUCUGCCCCACACCAGAGAUUCUUACUACUUUCCCUACUGAUUACCCUCCAUUCACUUACCCUACCGGUGACCCUCCUUUCACUUACCCCACCAUUGACCCUUUCUGUGGUGAUUUGUUUUGCAGUGGUGAAAACCUGAUCCACUUCACUCACUUCACCUCACUCUGUGUUCUUGUUGUGUUGCUGAAAGUGUUUGUUUGAAGUGGAGAAAUUUAACUCCAAGUCUGAACUGGAAAUUAGAGGUAAAUGUUGCAUUUUUGAUUCACGCAAUCGAGUUUCUCUUUUUUUUUUUUUUUACAAACUAUCUGAUAAAAUUUUGAUAUGUGAAACUAUCAUUUUAAUUAACAAAUCAAAAAACAUAAUUAAUUCUAAAGAAAUGAGAUGAAAUGUUAAUAUUUUAUUCUUGGGCUUCUUUCCAUUGUUUGAUCAAAAUAAGAUACAGCUUAAAUAAAACAUAUCCAAAUCUUGA